UCUAGCUCCCUCAAGCUGUGGACAAUUCGCAGCAACACUUUACUACCUCUGCUUUCGAUAUCUAAUUGAGCGACAAGGGAGGAGGCCUUUGAUUUUUAUUUGAUUUUUUUUAAUGCACCAAUUGAAGAUAGCUGGCCUCUAACGUUACGACGACCUAUUUUAAUAAGUUACAGCGACUACGCCUUUCCCAUCUAAUCUCAAGUACGCGGAUCUAUUAAGCUACCCAUUAAGCUACCAAUCAAACUGCGGGAACAGGAUUCGCAUUCGAGUCUAUUCCCACCUGUGGCCGGGAAGGAGAGUGGCCCCAAAUCCUCAAGUCUGAAGAGGCCACCGAUUCGAGAUCCCCGCUACCUCCGUUCCUAAACCGUGCAAUCUUCAGUCUUCAUGAUCUCACAAUCCGAGCCUCUCACCCUCCGCGGCCCCUCUUCCGUUGUCUCGGCACGUACCGCCUCCCGCCCCCAUGUGUCUUCUCGGAGUAAGCGGUAUAACCGCUCGCACACGGGCGGAAGCUCCUAUAUCCCACAAAACGAAUUCCCUGUGUUUAGUCAUUCGGGCGAUGUCGAGAUCCUUAUAAAAGCCGGCGGGAAGGAGAACAGGUAUCUCCUACAUAAACAUACCUUAACAAGAUGUUCGGGAUUCUUCGAAGCGAGCACGAGCCAGGAAUGGUCUAAAGCAAGUUUUAUGCCGCCAGCAGAUGCUUCAUCAAGAGAGCUCACGAGGAUUGGGGAAGAUAGCGCUAGCAGUAGUGGAAAUGAGGCCGCGCGAUCACGUGUGAAUUCUCCCGUGCCACGAAAACGAUGGCGAUAUGAAUUGGACCCCGGGAGUGAUGGGGAUGAUAUACCGAUGUUGGUGCAAAAGGAAGCUAAUACUCUUAAUACCGCCGGUUCCACGCAGUCAAGCUCGCUUUUUGGAGGCGGUGGCGCAACCUCGAAUACUCCUACUACGCGCAAAGCGAGCCAUUCGCACACACAUUCUACGAAUUCGUUCUUUCGUUCGGUUGCAAAUCUAUCCCUAGUGCCGACAAAGGUAGACCAGGAUGUGCCUCUCUCGCAGGCCGACGCCGACCUACUUCGGGAUUACGAUAAUCUCUUUCGCAUUUUCUAUAACUAUCCACCGCUACUAGACGGCAUAAAUAUUGCCGACGCAUAUGUACAGUGUAAAUCGCUUCUUACGUUGGCGGAUCAGUACGACGCGUUAGCUGUUGUAGGACCGCGAGUUGAUCAUCACUUGUUACAAUUUCAAAGUAGGCUAUGGAAACAAAUCGCCAAGUAUCCUGUUAGCUAUUUACGCCUGGGGUACUUGAGCCGAAGUAAGGUUAUCUUCCAAGAAGCCUUGAUACAUGUUGUCGGGCAAUGGCCAGCUGGGGAACGAAGUAUUAGGCAGUCAUUUCCGGAUAUCGUUCUCGAUAUUAUCGAAGACAAAGUUGACGAGCUGGAAGAGACGGUAUCGAGGAUCGAGGGUCGCCUCUUUCGCCUCAAUCUUACCAAUUCGCGUGGCGAGCGCAUCACGCCUGGUACGUCGUAUCUCGACUGGCUUGCUGUGUCUUUCUUUCGUCAGUGGCUCGCGGAUAACACAUCACCGGCUCCGCUGGCUCCUCCAAGUACUCGAGGGCAUUCUUCCCGUGAUGGAGGGCCGUCGUCCCGCUCUACAGCCGUGAUUGCCUCGGCACCAAUGGCGCCGAAUCUCGCAAGUUUAGGCCGUACUUAUCGUACUCUGGGCUCUAUGACAGGUGCCAGCUAUCUAGGUCACGACGAGUGCAAACGCUUUCUUAAGUUAACGCCCGAAUUAUACUCACGCGACAACCUCCGGCGGUUCGAGAAGCGUAUUGACGAACUUAAGAGCGCCGCCCGUGAGAUCGUACGCCCGCUCAUGGGUAGCGGGUUGGAGCUAGAGCUAGAACGAGGUACUGUUACACCAAGCAGUGCUGGUGUCAGUGGCAGCUCUAACGUACCCAUAGCCACAAGUAGCAUGACGAGUUAUCUAACGUGCGUACGGGUGAUGGAGAGAGAUCUCCCGUGGGCUGUUGAGGACUGAAAUAGCUCGGAAUCGGCGUGUCAAGGUACACAUCAUCAGAGGGGACGAGAAAUAAGAUGGAAUGAAUAAUACGAAGCAACGCAAGCAGAGACGAAACGAAACAACCCGAAAUGAGAUAAAAACAACUAGCUACCCCGUUCGAGCUAGAAUGAAGGAUUUGUAGCUAAGCGGAACCUACACCACGAUUUAUUCUCUA